UCCUGAUUUAAUAGUUGAGAAAGUCAAACAGUGGGUCAGGAUGGGUGUCAGCGCUUUCGAUGAACCAAUCUAAACCAAUUUCGAUGAACCAAUCUGUCAUAUUGUUUAUCUCCUUAGACCACACCUAAGCUCUAAACCCUGGUCACCGUCACCUUAUAGGUGAAGCCUCUAUGGUUUUUACACGCCUCCUAUUGCUUUACAACCCCUGUGCAUAGACUAAAGUUCUCUACAUUUGAAACAAGACAACAGACACCCAGCACAUUGGAGACCGAUCAAGGACAUACAACAACUUGCAUAUCUCGUGAGGCCAUUUUCAAUCAUUCUGUGUGUCUGAGGGUUUCAACCUCAAGUUUAGAAGCCUUUUCCCACACCUGUGUGUGUGUGCUCUGGGUGAUCAUGUCGACGGCAGUGGAACUAACUGGGUUUUUGUUGUGCGUGGCAAGCUGGCUGCUCACCGGCUCCUCACUAGCCAAUGACUACUGGAAGCUGUCCUCGGUGUCUGGGAGUGUCAUCGUAUCCACACGCCAGUUCCAGAAUCUAUUUCAUUCAUGUGCCGAGAACAGCGCCGGCAUUAGGAACUGCAAAGACUUUGAGUCUAUGCUCGCUCUGCCUGGCUACAUACAGGCAUGUCGAGCCCUGAUGAUCAUCGCUCUGCUCCUGGGUCUAGCGUCCAUCAUUGUGUCAGUGCUGGGGCUGAAAUGCACAAAGAUCGGCAGCACUUCUGAACAGGCCAAGGGCAAAAUCGCUCUGACAGGCGGAAGCUUGUUCAUCUUAUCAGGUCUUUCCACCUUGACUGCUGUGUCAUGGUACGCUGCACGGGUGGUGCAGGAGUUCCAUGAUCCAUUCUUUGCAGGAGUAAGGUUUGAACUGGGUGCAGGUCUAUACAUGGGUUGGGGAGCUGCCUGUUUGGCCAUUCUAGGUGGUGUCAUGCUCUGCUGUUCCUGUAAGAGGGGUCCAUCGGGACCCACCACAGGGGGAUAUUCAUACAACUACUCCAAAACAAGCGGUGGACAACAGAUCUAUAGGGCACCACAUGUGUCAGAGUCUGGGAGUUCAAAAGCUUAUGUUUAAAGCAGUUUAAAAUGUGUUUUUUUCAAUCUAAUUUGUUUGUUUGUCUGUUUCCAUUUGUUUCUUCGUCGAAGUAUGAAUUUACUGGUUUGAAUUUGCCAUUAUAUAUUUUUGUUGCUUUGUUUUUGUUUUCUUGAGUUGGGUCACUGUGAAUAUUAAUGCAAUGUUUAUUACUUUGAAAUGUAUUGAAAAUAAAAACAUUACUCUGUU